AUGUAUGACAACGUCAUUCUUCUUUGCCAGGAAGCAUUUGCUCUUGCAAGAAGUGCAAAAAUAUUAACAUAUUACGCAAAAGCAUAUUUAGAAUCAAAUUCUGCAACUCAAGCUGUUUUAUUAUGCAAGCAAAACAUCAACUUAAUAUGGGAAUCGCAAGAAUUAUUUGUUAUUUAUGUACAAUCUCUUCUAGAAUGUGGAAAGUUCACUGAUGCUGAAGCUAUUAUACAGAAAUCAUACCAGAAUUUCCCUGAAAUGGAAGAAGACAUUAAAGUUGCAUUGAAAUACUAUACAGGAUUGAUCUGCACGCGUACACAUCGCCAUGAAGAUGCUUCAAAAUAUUACGAGGAAGCUGUACAAAUGAAUUCAUCAAUUGUUUCCAUCAUUCCAAAGACAUCAGACAAAUUCCAACCAGCCAAACAAAAGAAUGAGAAUAAAAAUAAAUCUCAUUUGUUAACUCCAUCCCAAAUCCGUGAAAGGAAGUCUAUUGGCAGCAAACUACCAAUCCCUAAGAAAUCAAUCCCAAUUUCUACACAACUUCUCAAAAAGCCAAUGAGUAUCAUAGAAAUGUCAAAGAAAUUACCUUCAGAAAUGCAAGAUUCCAUCUUGGUUCUAUUACUAUCAGCAGAGUAUUACUUCAGAUGCUCUAAAUAUACAGAGGCUGCAGCGAUUUUCUCAAGAUUAUAUGAAAUUCAUCCACAUACUGUUCUUGGCGUUGAUAUUUACUCAACAACAUUAUGGCAACUUAAAGAUGAGAAGAAAUUGAAUGAAGUUUCCAGAAGAGCACUUGAAAUUGCUCCAAAUAAACCAGAAUCAUGGGUUGCAGCAGGAAACUUGCUUUCUAUCCAACAUAAUUCAGAUGCAGCAGUUCAAAUGUUUCAGAGAGCAGCAGGAAUCGAUCAUAGUUGCUCAUAUCCACUAGCUUUAGCUGGACAUGAAUUAUUAUUACUUGAUUCUCUUUCAGAAGCAUCCAAAUUGUUCAGAGAAUCAAUAGAUAGGAAUCCACAAGAGUGGAGUGCCUGGUACGGCCUCGGAAGUGUUCAUUUUAAGCAAGAUAAUUUCGGAGCCGCCCAGUAUUACAUGAGAAAGGCAUUAGAUGCCAAUCCAGACUCAAGUGUUCUUCAUUAUGUUUACGCGAUGAUCCUCAGAAAGUGCGGAAACGAAGAAGAAGCCUCAGAGCAUUUCGAUCUCGCAAUUUCUCUUGAUCCAUCCAACUUAGUUCCUGUUUUCCAGAAGGGUGUAAUGGCUGCUGACUCAGGAGAUCCAAUAGAAGCACUUGAACUCCUUAACAAAGCAGAAAGUCUCGCACCCCAUGAACCAGGAAUCGCUUACACAAAAGCUGUCAUUGCUGAAAGUUUGGGAGAUACUGCUGGUGCAGCAGAAAUGUACACAAACGCACUUGUAUUCGGCCAUCCUGAGAAGAAGGAGAUUCACUCAGCUCUCGAGAAGAUGAUGGAUAGCGUCAUCAAUAACUUUUUGUCUUAA